UUAAUAUAUAUUUUGUGAUUUCGUUCAAUUUAGUUUACCGCUAUCACAAUUGAAAAUAACGCAAGAUGGCGCUUAUUUCAACUAAACGUAUUUACAUAGUCUUGGUAUACGUCAUUUGAGUUAACACGCCGACAAUAUACCCGGUACAAAGUGGCACAUAUUAUUUCUAAUAUCCUUGAAAUUAAGUUUUUUCGAGGAUGCAGAUUUUACGACAAUUAGAUGUGCACCCAAAGGUGCGCGAAGAGGCUGAUAUUUUAAUUCGAACAUUCAGCGGUGCUAUCGUGACUAUCAUUAGUACUAUCAUCAUGGGUAUAUUGUUUUUAUCUGAAGUUAACUAUUAUCUUACACCUACUCUAAGUGAAGAAUUAUUCGUUGAUACAUCAAGGGGGUCAAAAUUAAGAAUUAAUUUGGAUAUAAUAAUUCCAGCAAUAUCAUGCGAUCUUUUAUCUAUUGAUGCCAUGGAUACAACAGGUGAACAACAUCUGCAAAUAGAACAUAAUAUUUUUAAACGACGCUUGGAUUUAAAUGGACUACCUAUAGAAGACCCACAAAAAGCAAAUAUUACAGAUACAAAGGCUCUAAGUAAAACUACAGAGAAGACUGUAGAAAAUAUUACGACUGAAACAUGCGGAGACUGUUAUGGAGCAGCUAGCGAAGCAUUAAAUAUAAAAUGUUGUAAUACAUGCGAAGACGUGAAAGAAGCUUAUAAGCUUAGACAAUGGGCUCUUCCUGUUCCGUCUACGAUCAAACAAUGUCAAAAUGAUAAAUCGGUAGAAAAAAUGAAACAUGCUUUUACGCAAGGUUGUCAAAUUUAUGGUUAUAUGGAGGUAAAUAGAGUGGGUGGAAGUUUCCAUAUUGCACCAGGUGAUAGUUUCUCCGUUAAUCAUGUACAUGUACAUGAUGUGCAACCUUAUUCUUCGUCUCAAUUUAACAUGACUCACAAAAUCCGUCAUUUAAGUUUUGGAAUAAAUAUACCAGGAAAAACAAACCCGAUGGAUGAUGUUGUUGUAGUUGCGCUGGAAGGAGCAAUGAUGUUUUACCAUUACAUAAAAAUUGUACCAACUACCUACGUGCGUACAGAUGGUUCAACUCUUUUAACAAACCAAUUUUCUGUAACGCGACAUGCUAAACAAGUAUCCCUUUUUACUGGUGAAUCAGGCAUGCCUGGAGUAUUUUUCAGUUACGAAUUAAGCCCUUUAAUGGUUAAAUAUACAGAAAAGGCAAAGUCGUUUGGACACUUUGCGACAAAUACUUGUGCAAUUAUUGGCGGUGUUUUCACUGUAGCAGGAUUGAUAGAUUCACUUUUGUAUCAUUCAGUUAAAGCGAUACAAAAUAAAAUUGAAUUAGGUAAAUACAAUUAGAUUAGAUAUUAGGACAACGUGAAAAAGGAUUAUUACAGUCAACACUAUGAAGUGUGGUGUGCUAUUUUUCAUUGAACUUUUUUCGAUUUUCUAUUUGCACAAAGACGAUCCACAUUAUAUAUAUAUAUAUGUUUGCAAAAUAAAUGACAUGGAAUCUGUACGUUGGAACCAUAUUACAGAAGAAUCUCUCAGAAAAUGCGAACUUUGUACAUAGCAAAGCUAUUUAAUAACUAAAAUCUAUGUAUUAUAACAUUUUAUUACAAAGUUUUGGACUGUUUAAUCAUUAUUAUCAUAAAUGUCAACGAUAAUCGUCUAGACCAAUUGCGAUGUAAAAUAUUCGUGUAUACAAAUGUGUAAAUACCAGAAAAAGAAAAUCAUAAAAA